AUGUUUAUAAUUGUCUAUUAUGGUAGAAAAUUGAAAAAAGUCUUGGUUUAUGCAAGAAAUCGAUUCUCUUCAAAUAAAAAUGAUACCUCAUAACAAGUUGUUCAUCCCUUGAUUGAAGCUGAUCUGCCCAAAGAAAAGAUUCGUUAAAUAUAAGUUGUUGUAUUUUCAAUUGCAAUUAAUACAAUAUUCUACAUAAUCGUAAUUAUAAUACUUUUUUGGAGUGACAGAGAUCUGUUAUGUGAUUUUGAGAAAGACGAUAUCUUAGAUGUCAAAAAUAAUAUCUUGAUCUUAAUAUUCACAAUAACCUAAUUAUUUCCUUGCUUCAUUGUUCCUUAUGCUUUUAAUUAUAGACUCAAAGAAAAUGCAUUUAAUGAUGAUGGAUUAGAAUUCACUAGAGAACGAGCAGGAUCAUCUAAAUUUUAGAUAGACGAGAACAACGACUAGUUUGUACAAAGAUUGACAAGGGGAAGAGUAAGAUAAGAAGAUGAAUGA